AAUGCCACAGAACUGGAUAAAUUUCUACACACUCGGUCUUAGCCUAAUUCCAUAAACGGGUGACUCUCUCUAUUUAUGGACGGAGAGUCGCCGCUGCUUUAAAUACCCCAUGUCUGGCUACGAUUGCGCCAAAACUUAUGGAACGAACACAUGCCACCACGGCCAUUCACGUUCUCGCCCUGCCGCUCGCGUUCUACUACACGUAGUUCUCCCCUCCCUCUCGGCUUCUCCCGUCUUCGUCCGUUCUCUCGCCUUAGCUCCUCCGUCCUCCCCCAUCGGUCAUGCGUGCGGCCCUCAUCGCCUGGUCUUAAGAAGAAGCCACUAGUAGGUGUAAGCCGGAAGGUGUGUGUGGGCGCUUUUAGGGAGGAGAGGGUUUCGGUUGGAGGGGGUGUUUGUUGUUGUGUUGGUCUUAUUUUUUUAGCGAGGCGGGGGUGAGCACUAGGUCUUGGUGUUUUUUUGCUGCGGGCCGGGAGUUAAGCGGGGGCGCGGUGCGGUGCGGUGCGAUGGCGAACGCUUCGUCGGGGGUGGCGGUGAGUGAUGAUUGCAAACUGAAGUUCCAGGAGUUGCAGAGGAAGAAGGCGUUCCGGUUUAUCGUUUUCAAGAUCGACGACAAGGUGCAGCACAUCACUGUGGAGAAGUGUGGCGGCCCCGAUGCCACUUAUGAGGAGUUCGCGGCUGCGUUGCCGGAAAACGACUGCAGGUAUGGGGUGUAUGACUUCGACUUCACGGCCGAGGAUGGUGAGAUCAACUGUCAGAAGAGCAAGAUUUUCUUUAUCGCUUGGUCGCCGUCUAUCUCGCGCGUGAGGUCGAAGAUGAUUUAUGCCAGCUCUAAGGACAAGUUUAAGCGCGAGCUUAGCGGCAUUCACUACGAGCUUCAAGCUACUGAUCCUACCGAAAUGGAUCUGGAGGUGAUCAAGGAACGCGCCAAGUAGAUGAAGAGAUCAAAGCUUUUACUUGUGGAGGAGAGUCACUGAGAACUCGAGCGCUGUAUUCUGAGCUUCGAACGACCCCGCUGUGGAUGGAGAGAGAGCGCUCUGAACCCUAGAUUCUUUUCAUAAAAAAUAUCCCUGUCUUGAGAGUUUCGAACUGCUCCGGCGUUUGGAGGAGGGGGGAGAGGACUCUUAACCGUAGACUGUUAUUUUGCUGUCUUGUGAGUUUCGAUCUCCCCUUCCUUGGGGAGAAAGGGCUCUUAACCCUAGACUCUUUCUUUAUUUUUUUUAUCGCUGUCUUGUGAGCAUUUGUCGAGUUAAAAAAGGAAGACAGUUAUUAUUCAUUUUGUAUACAGUAUGUGUGCUUCAUUUUGGAAGGGUUCAUCGAUCUUACGAAUUGGAUUCCGAAACGCACUUGGCUUGCUUAGCCACCUGUAAUUUCCUUCAUUAAUACGAUAUGCCGAUGGUCUGGGGUAGUCCCUCCGUAUCCUCACACGUUCUUCACGAAUGGAGGGGCCCUUCGAUCUAGGUUAUGUGCUGCACCUCGUUACAAGUU